AUGUCGUUAUCAGGCUUACGGAAACAAUUUAAUAAAGCUAAUCAGUAUUUAUCUGAGUCCAUGGGCGCCGCUGAGCCAACCAAACUUGAUGAAGUUUAUAAUGAAAUGGAAAAGAAUAUUGAUACAACUUACGAACUGAUUAGCGCACUUGUAGCUGGAGUAAAUGAAUAUCUACAACCUAAUCCAGCAACCAGAGCCAAAAUGGCUACUAUGGGUGCUCUUUCCAAAGUCAGCGGUACUGCUAAGACUUCUCCUUAUCCUCAAACAGAGGGAAUCCUGGCUGAGACUAUGCAAAAAUAUGGGCAAAAGCUUGGAUCAGCUAGUGAUUUAGGAAAAGCUUUGGUUGAUUGCUCUGAAACAUUCCGACAAAUGGCGGAUGUAAAAUAUCAAAUGGAAGAUAAUCUGAAACAGAAUUUCAUUGACCCCCUGACUCAUCUUCAGAACAAUGAGUUGAAAGAAGUUAACCAUCACCGAACUAAACUGAAGGGUCGUCGACUAGAUUAUGAUUGUAAAAAAAGACAACAAAGACGAGACGAAGAAAUGAUCCAAGCGGAAGAAAAGUUGGAAGAGUCUAAAAGACUCGCUGAAAUGGCUAUGUAUAAUGUCUUAUCUAAUGACGUAGAACAAAUCUCUCAACUACGAGCGUUAGUUGAUGCCCAACUUGACUUCCACCGUCAAACAACUCAAAUAUUGGAAAAUCUUCAGAUGCAACUCCAAAUGAGAGUUACCGACGCCAGUGGACGUCCUCGUCAAGAACACUGCCCUGUCGCCGUCCUUCAAUCUCGUACCCCACGAUCAAGAUCUCCUGCUUUCGAUAGUGCCCCAACUAAUCCCUCCGUCUCUAUGACCAAUCCGUCUUAUGCCCAAAACGGCGCUUCUGCUAACUACAGUUCUCAGCCUGCUUCAGUUCCUCAGAAACCUUCCGCUAAAGCCCUUUUCGAUUUUGAUGCCCAGCAUGAAGGAGAAUUGGAUUUCAAGGAAGGAGCAGUGAUUGAGCUCGUAUCGCAAGUAGAUGAGAAUUGGUUGGAAGGACGUGCAAACGGGAAGACAGGGCUAUUUCCCAUAAAUUAUGUUCAGAUCAUAGUUCCUCUCCGAUAA